AUGCAAAAUACCGAAAAUAAAAAUGAAUGGGUUAAUUGGAUUGAGGAAGCUGUUGAUAAAGAACAUUUAAAAUUUUAUGAAUAUGAAGAAUUUAUUAAUAUUCAACAUAUUGGUACUGGAGGUUUCGGAAACGUAUAUCGUGCAAAUUUGAAAAAUUCAGAAAAAUUAUUUGCGUUAAAAUCUUUUUUCAGUCUUAAUAACUUCACCAUGAAAGAAAUCGUUCGUGAGCUAAAAAUUCAACGCGAAGUUGAUUUUCAUGAUAACAUUAUUCGUUGCUAUGGAGUAACAAAACUGGAGUCAGAAAAUCAUAAUAAUUAUCGAUUAGUAAUGGAAUACGCCGACGGUGGUACUCUUCGUUUUUAUUUAAAGGAAAAUUUUAACAAGCUUACUUGGGAUGACAAAUAUAAUAUGGCAUACCAGUUAUCUUGUGCCGUAUCAUGCUUGCAUAACGAAAAAAUAGUGCAUCGUGAUUUGCACUCCUGUAAUAUUCUAGUACGUAAUAACACAAUCAAAUUAGCAGAUUUUGGAUUAUCUAAAAGAAUUGGAGCAUCAUCCAAUGUUUAA